UGAUCGCCUAUCGUUAGUCAGCCAGACAGGGGUAUCGUUAGUCAGCCAGACAGGGCGCACAUGUUGUAUGCACUUUAUGCGGGGUUUCUAGAAAUUUCUACAUUAAUUUAUUUGUAUUGAACGAAACUGUCUGACAAGUGACACCCGCCAAAGAUGGCUAUGAGAGUACCCAACGCGCCCGGCAUCGGGCAGAUGCUGAAAGACGGUGCAAAACACUACCAUGGCUUAGAGGAGGCUGUGUACCGCAACAUCAAGGCGUGCAAGGACCUGGCCAAGACCACCCGGUCAGCAUAUGGCCCCAACGGCAUGAACAAGAUGGUCAUCAACCACAUCGAGAAGCUGUUUGUCACCAACGAUGCGGCCACCAUCAUCAGAGAACUGGAGGUGCAGCACCCUGCCGCCAGGAUGCUGGUGCUGGCCUCCCAGCAGCAGGAGCAAGAGAUCGGGGACGGCACCAACUUCGUCCUGGUCUUUGCUGGUGCCCUCCUGGAGUACGCCGAAGACCUGCUGCGCAUGGGCUUGUCCCCAACAGAAGUCAUCGAAGGUUAUGAGCAAGCCUGCAAGAAGGCACUGGAAAUACUUCCAGAUCUGUCUUGUGGAUCUCUGAAAGACCUGAAAGAUGAGGCCGAAGUGUCGCGAGCCAUCAGGACUGCCGUCAUGAGCAAGCAGUACGGCAAUGAAGACUUCUUCGCCGGUCUCAUUGCGAAAGCCUGCGUUGCGGUUCAGUCAAAAACUAAGACAUUUAAUGUGGAUAACGUUCGGACGACCAAAAUCCUUGGGUCUGGGGUGUUGAGCUCGAGCGUCGUCCAAGGCAUGGUGUUUAAGAAGCAGGUGGAGGGGACGCUGUCCAAAGUGGACAACGCCAAGAUCGCCCUCUACUCCUGCCCCGUCGACACCUCACACACCGAGACCAAAGGGACAGUGCUGAUCAAGACAGCCAACGAACUGUUGGACUACAGCAAAGGGGAGGAGAACUCGUUAGAAGAGCAAAUCAAGUCCCUGGCCGAGGCCGGCAUCAACGUGGUGGUAGCCGGGGGAAAGAUCGGCGACAUGGCGCUGCACUUCCUCAACAAGUACAACAUCAUGGCGGUGCGGCUGGGCUCCAAGUGGGACCUGCGUCGCCUGGGUCGGGUGGUGUCGGCCACCGCCCUGCCCCGCCUGACCCCCCCUACCACCCAGGAGAUGGGCCACUGCGACCACGUUUUCAUCGCCGAGGUCGGGGACACACCCGUCACCAUUUUCAAACAAGAUAACGAGGAGAGCAAUGUCUCCACUGUGGUGAUCCGAGGGUCUACUGAAAACCUGAUGGAUGACAUUGAACGCGCAGUUGAUGACGGAGUCAACACAUUCAAGGCUCUAUCAAAGGAUGCGCGGUUGGUUCCAGGAGGCGGUGCCACCGAGAUCGAGCUGGCCAAGCGGCUAGCCUCCUACGGCGAGACCAUCCCAGGCCUGGCCCAGUACGCCAUCAAGCAGUACUCGCAAGCUUUUGAGGCCAUCCCCAGGGCGCUAUCGGAGAACGCCGGGGUCAAGGCUACGGAAGUGCUGUCCAAGCUGUAUGCCGCCCACCAGGAGGGCCAGCAGAAUGCCGGAUUCGACGUCGAGGCCGAAGGAGCCGAGAUCAAAGACAUGCUGGAAGCCAACGUACUGGACGCUUAUCUGACCAAGUACUGGGGUAUCAAGUUGGCCACCAGCGCGGCCGUCACAGUUCUACGAGUAGAUCAGAUAAUCAUGGCCAAGCCGGCUGGCGGUCCCAAACCUCCGAAGCAAGGCCCAAUGGACCAAGAUGACGAUUAGAACUAGACUUCCCACUUUGCCCACCCCCCAAAAAAAUUUGUUCAGUGUUGUUAGAUGUAUCAAAGCUUGUUAUGCACUGUCAGUAGCUUAAACAUAAAAAGUUUGGUCAACAAGUUUACUUCGUAUUUAUCAAACACCCUUCUCGCUGUGUAAUGGUAUAUUCCUCUCAGGAUGUGGAGAUAAGCACACGCCUUGCGCUAUACUGCGCGAGGUGGCAUACAGGCAGAAAACACUUAUCCUACCAUUGAAGACUGGUCAUGUGAUGGGCUCUCGCCAACAGGAAUGAUUAAACUGGCUUAGGUAUUUAUGAAUGUAUUGUUGACAGUACCUGUGAAAUUGUUUCGCGAUAUUUUCAAACCUGGCUGUGGCAGCAACUGCAGCUCAGACAAGCGGGUGCUGUGCCGACCCGAGUAUCCAUUCUGAUGAGUUUUAGGCUCGUUCAUGUACAUGCGAGCAGUUGGGGCCAAAUUGAAACCCAGGAUCCCCCAAAAGCGCGGAUGGGGUAUCACGAAGCCCAAGGCCACAGAUGAUCCCAGGAUUUGACAAAAUGGUCGGUGUACAUAAACAUUGGCUUGUACACUAUCUCGCUGAUGGUUUUGUUUUUUUUCAUUCAGUAUACGCACAGGGAAACAUGGCUGUCAUGUUUUCCCGUGUAGAGCAUAAAAUUUAUGAGGCAGAUUUUGUAUUUGGGUUCUUGUUUUUUUUAAUUUGAGUUAAGUAUUACGUGUGCAGUGAGUAAGAAUGUGAUUUGUCCAUUAGGAAAAUUCUCAACUGUUUUGAAAAAAGCACGGAUAUGCGCCGGGUAAAAUUCAAAGAGGAAAAAAAAUAAAUCGUCAAAUGACA